CACGAACAAAAAAUGUUGCAAAAUAUAUUAAUGGCUAUGGCUACUCUGACUUCCUUAUCCAAAGAGAUAGACCUCCUCAUUCAAGGGACAGAUCCAUUUUCUUGCACAAUUUCAAAUGUACAAUUGCUGAGUCACUGUGGACUGUGGGUAAUGAGUUCUUGGAGGGCACUGCUUAACAAUCUUCCUGAUCGAUUAUUAGAUUAAUAAAUCGAGAAACCUUUGAUUUUCAUUGCUGAUUUGAAAUGCAUUUUACACUGGCUGAGGCAAUUUGGAGGGAAAUGGGUCAUUAUGUAAAUCAAUUAGAGAUUGAUUCUGAUGAAUCAGAUACCAAUGAUGGCUAUGAUCAAGGAAAUGAUGAGUGUUUUGCUUGUUUGGACAACGACAUUACCCAUUCGACUCAAGUUAAAUCGAAACCCAAUGAACAUUUGAGUAAGAUUGCUCCUGGGAAGAGAAAGAAAUCUGUAUCAACAUUAAUGAUGUUGGCUGGUCGAGAGGCGAAUUAUUCUGGGAGAGGGAGGUUUACAUCUGCUGAUCGUUGCCAUGUAUCUAGCCGGUAUCUGCCUGUUAAAGGACCUUGGCUUGUUGAUCAGAUGAAUAGCCGAGCAUAUGUUUCACAAUUUUCUACAGAUGGGUCUCUUUUUGUUACUGGAUUUCAGGGAAGUCACAUUAGAAUAUACAAUAUUGAUAAGGGAUGGAAGUUACAAAAGAACAUUAUGGCUAAAAGCUUGCGUUGGACUAUUACCGACACAUCCCUUUCACCAAAUCAGCAGAAGCUUGUGUACUCCAGCAUGUCACCUCUUGUACAUAUUGUGGAUAUUGGUUCUGCUGCUAUUGAGUCUCUUGCGAAUGUCACUGAAAUUCAUGAUGGCUUGGAUUUCUCGGAAUAUGGUGAAGCUGACUCUUUUGGUAUUUUCUCUCUCAAAUUUUCAACAGAUGGCCGAGAACUUGUGGCUGGUAGUAGUGAUGAUGCUAUCUAUGUUUAUGAUCUUGAAGCUAAUAAGCUUACCCUCAGAAUAUCAGCUCAUAUGUCGGAUGUGAACACUGUUUGUUUUGCUGAUGAAAGUGGCCAUCUCAUAUUUUCUGGAAGUGACGACAAUCUUUGCAAGGUGUGGGACAGACGAUGCUUUGUAGCCAGAGGGAAACCUGCAGGCAUCAUGGUAGGACAUCUUCAAGGAAUAACAUUUAUCGACAGCCGAGGAGAUGGUCGCUAUUUCAUUUCAAAUGGUAAAGACCAGUGUAUAAAGUUGUGGGAUGUGAGGAAGAUGUCUUCUAAUGUUACUUGUGAUUUUGAUUCUAGGAUUGAAUGGGAUUACCGAUGGAUGGACUAUCCUCAGCAGGCAAGAAAUAUGAGACAUCCAUCCGAUCAAUCAGUUGCCACAUAUAAAGGACACUCAGUCUUGCGUACAUUGAUCCGUUGCUAUUUUUCUCCGGAACUAAGUUCUGGGCAGAAAUACAUCUACACCGGAUCCAAUGAUGGCAGUGUGUUUAUAUAUGACGUGGUAAGUGGAACUAUAAUAGCAAGGCUUGAUCACCACAAGUCUGCAGUGCGAGACUGCAGUUGGCACCCUAAUUACCCGAUACUCGUUAGCUCAUCUUGGGAUGGAACUCUUGUGAAAUGGGAGUUUCCGGGUAGUGUCGAAUAAGCUUCGCCUUCAAUAGAUGAAAGAGCAGCAUAUGACUGAAAGGUCGUCCUUCACUCAACAUAUACAAGUAUAAUUUUUAAACUAUGUAUGUAUGUUUGAUUCUACACAAAACUGAACUUGCAAACGAUGUUUACUACCAAGAGUCAACUGGAUACAACCUAUUUGGGUAAAGUUGCGUGCAUUUGACCCCUAAAAAACCACCCUAGGUGGAAGCCAAUUAAUGGAUUUGGGGUAAUAAAAUAUUGUCGGUCGUGUAGCUACUAUAAUGAAAGGUAUAAAAGUUUCCUUGUAGUAUAAUCUUUGAAAAGGCAUCAAAUAAGAAAUGAUUUUGUUAUGAUUUAGUUUCCUUAUUGUAUAAUCUUACAUCAUUUCAUGUUAUGUAUAUAAUAUACUCCUUUGUACUACUGAAAGUGACAUGUUGUAAGGAGACAAACGGAUUAAUUAUUAUAGUAUUAUAUUUAUAAUGUCAUGCAAUAAUUGUAUUUGUGAUU